CUGAUCAAGAUAUUUCUCAUGUGAUAUUAAAUGACGACAACUUUCACAGGUCGGUGACCCGAGAUACUCAAAGUUUCUGAGGUUAUAAAUACCAGAAUCACAUUGCAAGUACAGCUGCUUGCUCUCAAUGCAACCCAUCAUCCUGUACGAUAUCCCAUCCAAGCUUCCAACGAAGAAAUGGGCGCCCAACCCAUCAAAGACGAGAUUCUGUCUCGGCCACAAAAGCCUUCCUUAUGAAGUUAUCUGGGUAGAGUUUUGUGACAUCGCCGCAACCAUGGAAAGUAUUGGCGCAUCUCCAACAGCUGGGAAAAGGUACACCGUGCCAGUCAUUAAAGACCCAAACACUGGUGCAGUGGUCUCCGACUCCCAUGCAAUCGCCAAAUACUUCGACGAGACCUACCCUUCGGACAAACCGCUUAUACCCCACGGGACACACGUACUUAUGGAGACCUUCGAGACCCUAUUCAUCAACACAGUCAUGGCGCCGUCCUUCAGGCUUAUCAUGGCCAGAACUCUCGAGAUACAGAACGAUAUUAGCCGGGAAGCAUUCAUCAAAUCGCGGUUAAAGAUGGCCAGAGAAACACGCUGGGAAGAUAUGGCUCCUGAUGGGAAGGCGCAAGAGAUGUGGGCUGCAUUGAAGAAGAGCCUUGGUGUGGUGGAUGGGUGGUAUCAAAAGAGCGGGGGCAGGUGGAUUAUGGGAGAUACGUUCUCGUUCGCGGACAUCGUCGUGGCUUCUUGGCUAGCUUGGUGGAACGUUGUCUUGAACGAACAAGAACGCCGAGAGGUCAACGCUUUACACGGGGGAAGAUGGGCACGUCUUUUGGCAGAUGUGAAUGGCAAGUGCAACACAGAUUUAGGUUCCCUUGAGGAACAUAGACAUUCCCUCUUAUGAGUUUCAUGGAAUUCACUAGCUGUAGAAACAGUUGUGUUAGAUACCGAUAUUUAAUAUUUCUCAGAGUCAUAUAAGAUGUUGAAGACAUUAUCACGCACGUGACCGCGUUAACACCGCAAAAACGCGUCCGUGCUUGUCAUAAACGUAUCCCCAGCGAUGAAUUAUGAUUAUAGCUUCGGUAUGCACUGAGGCAAGAAUCCACGCAGAUAACUCAUAUUUCGCUAGACACCGAGGAAGAUUCUUCACAUGUACCCCCAGGUACCCUUCAAAAUCUUGCGGCAGAAAAGGAAGCUGAAAAGGCGGCAAAUUGUGCUAG